AUGAUUCUGUUACAGUCAACAUUUCGAGGCAUUAUUCGAUGUCAUCAAAAAGUCUUACAACGCCGCGUCGCGGUGGCCCUGAACCGCGGUGCUUCAAUGCGAUUGGAAGCAGUCUCCGGCGCGGCAUCUGACAAGAGCCGGGAUAUUCUAUUGGGGGUGACUCACCGCAAACCUUCUCAAGUGUGGAACUAACCCUUCAUACGAAGGAUGAGGCGACGUAGGAGUCUCCUGCUGGCCUUCUGUGUUUCCCCGGUGCCGAACAGAUUCUGGACAUUGCUGACCGAUAAACAUGGCGUUAACUGCGUUGUUCUGAACUGCUCGUCCACCAGAAUGAAUCCAGCUGUUAUCUCCACCUGCUGAUCGUUCAACUCGCUGGGAAGUUUGCGUGCGGGACGUGUGUUACCAUGUGAAGAAAGGUACUUCUCCGACAUUCGUCUAGUGUUCAUCGAAAAAACCACGCAGAACUAUGGAUUGGAUAAGCCGGCCGCUAUAAGUCUCCUCCAGAGAGGCUGAACUCGAAUGAGCCAUGUAGCUAGAGACGGAAUCUUCCACCUUCCGGACUCGAGCCAGAGGACCUUCUGCUCACU